CGUCUGGCGAAGCGCUAUAGCUUUGCUAUAGCCGUACAAUAAAAUGGCUCGGGAUCAGAAUAGCGGACAAAGAGCUGUGACACGAGACAUGUCUACAGAAACUCAGGCUAGUGUCACACCUAUAAACCCAAGCCUCUCACUCAUGCAUCGGGAGGAUACUACUACCCCGGUCGCUGUAAGCACCGCAGCUAGCACCGCAGCUAGCACUGCAGUCAGCACUUCGGAUCUCAACACACUCCCACCAGACGUAGCCGAAGCUCGCAGAACCCGAAUCAACCACGAGCUCGUCACCAUCUUCAAGCGCCCGUGCCCACCAAACAGCACUCCCACAGCUAAAGGCAUAGGCCUAUACACCCAUGUUGCAGGCCCAGUCAAGAUACCAAUAUUUCCCCAUGAGAGGUACAUGGAAAACGACCCUGAAUACCUACCGGUUGGUGGACCGAGGGAGGUGGGGAAUAAGACAGGAUUAGAAGGCCAGACUGCUGAAGAAGUCAAGAAAGUCUGGCAUGAAGUCAUGGAUGCAAUGCAAGAGGAGAGAAAAGUACUCGGGCCCAGGAAGAGGAGUGCAAGAGAGCUGAAGGAAAGGUAUGCGGCUUUAGAUGUACCGGGAGCUAGGGCACCACCUCGGUUAGAAGCGCUGGUAGUGCCACAGGUCGCAGGGCGGGAAGAUAUCGUUGCCCCAGAGCACAGCACGACGCCCCAAAGCGCGGGUCUGCGAUUGACUGGCAGGCGGCCCUCUGGAGUAAGCGGACUUGCGCAUGAAACGGGAGCUACUGGUGACGUUACUAUGGGAGGGACAGAGAUCGAGAGACGUGGAAGCGGAAGCGCGUUGAAGAGCGGAAAUCAAUAUUAUCCCAGUCGGGAUCCGCGCAUACAAGGACGAAAAUGACCAUCAUACGAAACGUAGAAGGAAUAGCGGGCGGGCAAAGAGGCGUAAGCGUACUCUAGAGCUCGUGAAGAGGACGAUACCUUGUUCACGCCGAACCUAGACAUAGGUUCAUCUGCUCAUGUGGAGCCGAAACGUCUGUCGAUGGGUAUAACUGUGCUUCACAAGUUGUCGAAGAACAUGAAUGUGUAUAUAUAAAUAAAAGGAUGGAUUAAUGAAGCUAUUCAUUGC